AUGUUCAUCGCGAAUGCGUCGCGCACUUCCAGGUUGGCGCGGCAGCCCUCCCCCCACCUGGGUCUCGCCGCGGCGUUGCUCGAGAAGCGGAUACGGCAGGCGGUGUGUGGGCGGGCGAUGGGGACGCGGCGGAACAGAUGGGCGCGGGACGGUGGGAGUGUUGUUCCGCCUCUGCGUCCGCCCCUCACGCCACCCAGCGGAGACAGCAAGCGAUGGGAGGGGCAUUUAAUGGGACGCGAGCGGCGAGGCGAGCAGCGACGCCGCUGUGCUCAUCGCGUCUCGCCCCUUCCCACCGUCGCGUCCACCACGCCUUCCCACCGUCGCGUCCACCACGCCUUCCCACCGUCCGUCGCAUCCACCACGCCUUCCCCGCCUGCCGCCACUCCUGCUGCUGCCGCCACCCUCUACGCCGCUCGUCGUCUCUCGCUCUCUCGCUCAUCCACUCUGGCCUUGGCGGACGUGACUCGCCUGCUGCUGGCCGACGACGACGGCAACGCAGACGAUGCGGCCGCUGCGGGAGCGUGCGAUGCGCGUGAGGGGAAGGCGGGUGACGUGGGGGGAGGGAAGAGCGCGGGAGGAGCAGUUGAGGGCGAGGAGAGGAGGAAGGAAGGCGGGCAGUGGCAUGCGCAGGAAGGCGAGGCACGUGAUGGAGGAGGCGGGAGGUGCAAGGAAGGCGAAGAGGGACAGCAGGGCGAGCAGGCGGAGUGGGCGGGUGGGGGCACAGGUUGGCAGGCAGCACCGAGUCGCACUAACGGCGUGGCGGGGGGGAAUGAUGGUGCUGCUCUCGCUGCUGCCAGUGGCGAUGCAACCAGCAACGCUUCAAUGGAGCGCCCUGCAGCGGUGGAAGGGGAGGCCAUGGCAGCAGGGGGGGCCCCUGGCUCGGACGACUGGCUGCGAGUGCUGCACGACGACGCCCACUGGGACGACUGCCUGCUCCCCGCCUUCCCCCUGCCGCCCCUCGCCCUCCCUCCCCUGCACCUGCCCGCCUGCCCUUCCAUGCACGCCCCUCCCCUGCACCCCGUUGCUCACAGCAUCAUGGGGGCAGGGCAGGGCGAGGGCGCCGUGGGGGCGGCGGACCUCUCUCAGAUCGGCUCGUGCGGCGACCUGCUUGCUGCCGCUGGGGGCGCCCCCGCGCUGCCCGCCAGCCCCGCCCCUGGCGCCGCGUGCUGCAGCCCCGACGGCGGGGCCGCGGCAGCAGAGGCGGUGGGCGACCGGGCGAGGGCAGCGGCAGCAUCAGUGCAGCCAGGGGGAGGGGGACACGAGAUGGGGGAGGGCGCGGUGGGUGGGGAGCAGGGUGGGGGGGCCGAGGUGGAGGGGCCGUUUGCUGCGGCCCUUGUGACGUGCGUCCACUGCUCCUCCCUGCUUCAGGUCGACAUGCCUGCCGCCAUCCCCGCGGAGGCCAUCUGCACGCUCUUCUGCGGCCACUGCUCCGCGCUGCUCGCGCUGCCCUCCACCGCGCUGUCUACCAUCACGCGCUGCUCUCGCCCGCUCACACCGCCUCACAGCGCCAGGGUGCACGUGGCAGCUGCUGGCGGGGGGCCGAGCGGCCACAGAGGUGCGCUGAGCAGUGACGGGCCGGCAGGGGCUCUCGCCCUGCUGGCUGCUGGCAGCAGUGUGCACGCGUGUGGCGAGGCGGUGGCAGCGGCGGUGGAGUCCGUUGAGCGCACCCACCGCGACAGCAGCCCCACAGCGGGCGUCAGCGCCGGGCUGCCACGCACACCGCGCCGCCUGCUGCCUGCUGUGCUGCGCGCGCCGGUAGCAUCGGUGGGGAGUGGCCCGCGCGGCCAGCUGGCUGUUGCUGGGGAGAUGCGGCUGCAGGAGGGCAUGGGCCUUGAGCCACUCCCGCCGCGCAUGCACCUGCCCGCGGUGCCACACUGUGCGGCGGGGCUGCACCGCGCCCUGCCGCUCACGCCUGCCCACCUCGCUCUCGCCGCCCACUCGCCAGAGGCGGCAGCGCGCAGCGAUGGGGGGGUGGGCGGGGCAGGGAGUGCGGCGGAGAGCAAGCGGACGCAGCGCGCGCUGAGGAAGCGCAAGCGAGCCGCCACUCUCACUGCCCACUGGCGAAUCUUGCUCGCGCAUCUUUCUUCCGUCUGCACGCUCCAGCAGCUCGUGUUCACUCUCCCUCGCUGCAUGCCUCGCCACGUGCACCCAUUCAUCGCAUGGCAUGUGCACCCUCUCAUGGCAUGGCAGGGUCUAAAGCAGUGGCAAGGGAGGGGUCCGAGGAGGUGGGUGAUGGCAGCGGGGAGGAGGAGAGCUGCAAGGGGGGAGAGCAGAGGGGUGGCAGGGCAAGCAGCAAGGCAGCAGGGAGAGAGGGAGGGGUGGCUGUGA